AUGUGGCCGGCGAAUCCAAGCGGGAUCUCGCUUGUGAGGACCUACAGAGGUUUCACCAGCUUUGACGACGAGAGUGAAGUCCUGCGCAUAAAGGAGCGCUUCGACGCCUACUGUCGGAAAGAUGGCGUCCACCCGGAUGGCGCAAGGUGCUUCACCCUGCCGUGGCAUCGUGAUUGGUUCGCACCCUCUCGGACCAAGGACCUCUUGUGGCUGGUCCAGACAGCAGAGGAAGAGUACGACCUUUUCCAGCAGGUGUACAAGGUCUUCAAAGGUGAGGUCCCGACGUUCCUGCGGGAGAGCCUGGUGAAUCAGAACCUGAGGCCGUACAUCUACAUCAGUUUCCAGAUCCAGACACAGGAGGUGGAAAAUCGGUACGUCGCCAAGCAGGUGGAGCAAGGAAUUCCUCUUCAGUUCAAGAUCGAUGUCGUGAACUUCGUCCUUCCGAAGAUGGCGGAAGCCGUGCGGGCUGUGACGAAGCGGGAGAAAUUCCUGAUGGUGGUCGUCGAUUGGAGUGGCCGAAGCUUCAAUCACAAAGCUUGGAUGCUCUCCAUGCGCUUAUCCUGUCCGGAUGUGAACUGCGGGAAAAGAGGAGGGGCACGCCAGAUCUGGAAGGAGACGGUGGGACGCCUGAAAGCUGCUGCUCAACCCCCCUGGCGGGCUGCUCUUGCACAAGGUUGGAAAGAUGCUUUGCCUGAGUGCGUCUACGACCCCUUCUAUCCGAACCAUCCGUUGAUCUACUGCGACUGGCCGGGAGAACGUUCCCCUGAGCAGCGUCCCAUCCAGCCCUUUGCGGCCUUCAACGUCCGAGUCAGGCAACACCCGGCCGAGGCGACCCUGAGGACAGAUAUCGACUCGGUCGAUGAUCUGGUAACAGGCUUAACAGGCGCAGACUGGAUUCGCCUUGGCUGCUUGGCCUAUGCCAAGACACCAGACGAGGCCAGCGGCCCACCUCCCAUGGAGGCUGGACCGUCAGCUGAGCCUCCAAACUUUGAGAGAAAGACUGCCACGGCUGUCGACUCGAAUGCUCCCCAAGGGGACCUCUGGGGCGAAAGCCGCGCUGACAACGGGGCCGUCUUUUACUACAACAUUGACGAAUUCAGCCGGUUCCAAAAUGGCGAAGUCAAAGAGGUGCCGCAGUCGAGGUGGGAGCUGCCUCCCGGAGCCCGUUUACAGCGGGAAUCAGAGGACUUCUGA